AUGUCUAUUGAAGCUAUGGCAAUGGCAGGCGUGGAUUACAAAGAAUGUGCCAUCACUUUGGAAAAGUGGAAUCCCCUUUGCCCACAGCAACCACCUUUGUACCUUGUGGCAGAGCAUGAAGAACUGGUUAAUUUGGCUGCAGAGAGGAUGAAAGCAAAGAUCCGAGAAUGGGCAAAAGCCGUUGCUUCAACUUCCAAGCAACAAAGUGCCACAAAAGACAACUACAUGUGUUUAGCUGGUUUUUUAAUAGCAACCAAACAAUAG